AUGGCCGAAAACGUGCUUGAAAACUCUGUUUCGAUCAGCAGUAUACCUUACGAAGUCUUGUACCAAAUCGUCUCGUUGAUCCCUUUAAAAGAAGCUGCAAGAACCAUCAUCCUUUCAUCUGCAUGGAAGCACUUAUGGACACCAAUUCAAGUGUCCUUAAACAUAAAUUCUGAUCAAAUAACAAGUCAAGAAUCCGGUCAACAGAUGAACGAGAUCAUCUCUUCUUUCUUAAAAACGUACGAAAACAGUUACCAAAUCCUUAAUCUCUCCUACCUUGAACCAAACUCGCUUUGUAAAGAAGCGCUCCUCUUGAAAGCUAUUAAGGGAGUAGAAAAAGAGCUUUACAUAAACUUCCAUGGAGAAAAUGCAGCUAAACUUUUUGGUUUGACCAUUGAAUUGCCAUUGUGUGAAAAUGAACACUUCUUUUCUCUUAAAACCCUCCAUCUUAGGUCUAUCACUGGCAUCGCAGAAAGCUUCUUACCAUCGUUGUUUUCCAGUUGUCGGAAUCUUGAAUCUUUAAGUCUUGAAAAAUGCAAUGUCUUACAAGAUGUUGAACUCAAAGCACAUGACUUGUUACAAAAGUUUUCCGUUUUGGACUGUGAAAAGAUCAAACAUAUCAAUGUUUCAUCAGCUCCGAAUCUUAAGUCUUUCGUAUACCAAGGACCUUUAGUUAAAGUUCUGGUGAAAGAUGCGCCAAAGUUGUGUGAUGUUACACUGAACAUGAAGGGUACAUCUGCAUUAUGUGAUUCCAAUGAGUUUAACUCUGAAGAUCUUGUCCAUCUUCUUGCAUCGUUCAAGGAUGUCGAGACUCUCACUUUAAGUGGUUGGCUUCUUGAGUGGUUAUGCACAAGAAUAACUUUUGAUGAGCUUGAAUUCAAGUUUGAAAAGUUGAAGGAACUUUCAUGGAUAGAUUGUUGCAUGAACACACAAAAAAGGGAUUCACUUGCUUCUUUCUUAAACAUCACGCCAUUGUUGGAGAACUUGUUCAUCAAGAUUAACAAAAAAUGGGGUACAAUAACAAGAUCACAGUUUCAGCAAUGUUGUCCGCAAGUUUGGCCCGAUACCAUACCCAUUAAGUUAGAUGAUUCACAACUCAAGCAUUUGAAAACGGUGACAUUUUUUGGGUUCAAGAUCAAAGAAGAAAAUAAAAUGCUGGCUGCGUUGAUGGAUCUUUUGCUUAAAAAAGCCAUAGCUAUCAAGAAAAUGAGUGUUGCAGAACCUGAAGAAAAGCUUUCGUGGGGGGUAUCUAAAGUCCCUAAAAGCCACUUAAGGAAGAUACGAGUAGCAGCAGCAUCCACAAGAACUUGCUACUCUUCUAAAUCUUCUUUACUUUUGACCCUGAACGAAGAAUGUCAUUUUCAGUUAACACCGCUCCAAUUGAAGUUUUGA